AGAGAGUGAUGAACAUGUUUACUGCUGCAGAGAGCACACAGACAAACCAGAGCUCUGCUGGUCCGGUGGAACUAAGCUCCAAGUUGCAGAUCUGCAGGUAAAGGUGAUUCCUGCCACAGAGGAAACGUCAGUGACACUGAUGUGUAGAACCAGCUGUCCUCUGACUGAAAACCCUGCAGCCUACAUCUGGUAUAAGAACAGAAAGUAUCUCUAUCAGGACUCGUCUCCCUGGUACAGAGAGCUGGUCAGCAGCGAGGAAGCAGUCAGAUACUCCUGUGCUAUCAAAGGCUACGAGGAUCACAGAGCCCCUGAAGUCUCUGUGGAUUCGGUCACGUCCACCUGCUUCAGCGUGACUUAUGCCAAAGGGAGAAUGUGUUCUUAUCAGCAGAAAUCAGAGGAUGAGCCCUGCUCCGUCACAUAUCCCAGAGAAGUACGUGUUCAAAGGCAGAGCGCAGCAGGGGGAUAUGCUGUACUGAAGUGUACCACCAGCUGUCCCCUGUCUGACCCUCAAACUGCCUUUAGGUGGUACCAAGACGGACACACACUCAUACACUCUGAGAGUCCACUGUUUGCAGUUUCCCGCUUUAAUAAUAAAAGAUUAUCCUGUGCUGUAAAAGGCCAUGAAGAUCUGCUCUCCGCCACCGUCUGCGUUGAGGAUGAGAGCUGCUGGAGUGUGAGUUACGUCAGCAGGAGGAUCUGUGCUCUGCAGGGCUCCUCGGUGAACAUCUCAAGUCAGUACUCGUACCUCCGCAACCAGCAGCCUAUGUUUAAAUAUUGGUAUAAACUCAAGCAAAGUGGUGAGGAAGACGCUCAAAACGGGAUUGAGGCUGGAGGCCGUGUAUCGUAUCAUGACAGGAUGAAUAAUAACCACAUCAUGAGUAUUAAAGAGCUGAGGAAGAAGGACUCAGCAGAAUACACACUGAGACUCCGAGCAGGUUAUGGAGAACAGAAACGGCUUGACGCACCUGGAGUGACUUUGGUUGUCACAGGCCUGACAGUGACGAUGACUCCCUCUGCAGUGGUGACAGAGGGCCAGAGAGUCACACUCACCUGCGGGACCACCUGUCCUCUCACUGAAGACUCAAACUACAUUUGGUACUUGAACAGACGACCUCUGACCCCGCCAGAGACCCAAAAAAAACACCUGGUUCUGGACCCAGUCAGCAGUCACCAUGCAGGAAACUACUCCUGUGCUGUUAAAACCCACGAACGCAUCAGCUCAUAUGAAAAGACCCUCACCGUUCAGGCUUUCUGGAAUUCGAUGGCGAUCAUUAAUGCAGUAAGACUGACUGUUGCACUGCUGCUCCCGCUUCCUCUACUUGUCUUCCACCUGUGGUUGAGGAAGAAGAAAAAAACCUGGACCUCCGGCGCUGAGCCCUGAUGACAAAGGUCAAAGGUGAGUACAGAAUCUUAAAAGCUACAAACUGACAUGUUUUCCUCUGUCAAUCUCUCUGUUUACACUACUCUGCAGAUUGACUUGCAAUUUGAGAACAGCUCAGGUCCGGCCAUGAAUCCUGCAACUGCAGCGCGGAGGAAACCGGAGCAGCAGAAGACAGUAAUGUCUACUUGCGUUUUGGGAACCGACACACGGCAUUUUACUCAUUCGCUCCUCUUCAGUUUGACCCCUUCUGACAGAGGAGUGCACUCUGCUGCAUAUUGUGCAACAAAAUACAAAGAUCACUGAGAUCUUUGGUCAUGCUUUUGUGAGAUGGACAGAAACAUCUCCCAAUGAAUAUAAACACUUGUUCAUUAUGCUGGCUGUAAUAACUUGCUUAGACUGUUGGUCAUAACAGCUUUUUGAAGGCAAUGAUAAGUCUUCUGCCCCCAGGUGGUCAGAAAACAAUAAUGCAGCUUAAAUACUUCACCUUUUGUGAACAGUUUGCUUUCCUCUUGCUGUUGUAUCAGCAAUGUAAUAAAAAUGUAAAAUAAACACAUUUCUUUUGAA